CAUUGGCCGAGACAAGAGUGCGUUGAAGCAAUGAAGCCAGCAACAAAAAAACAAUUAUUUGUGUGCCAUAUCUUCAUGAGAUGCUCCUGUGUCUUGCAGCCUCUAUGCAGUUGUGGAGGUCACGUCUGGGGCGUAUGAUGUACUCCAUGGCAAACUGCCUGCUGAUGAUGAAGGAUUAUGUACUUGCAAUUGAUAUGUACCACUCAGUCAUCCAAUACCAACCAGAACAAGAGCCUCAGCUUCUCAGUGGCAUAGGAAGGCUACUUUUGCAGAUUGGUGACAUCAAAACAGCUGAGCAAUAUUUUCAAGAAGUUGAGCAAAUAUCUCCAAAGUUAGGAAAUGAAUUGCAACAGAAUGUAAUCAUUCAAAUGAACAGGGCAUUCCUCCAUCUUGGUCAAAAUAACUUUGCUGAAGCCCAUAAGUUCUUCACUGAAGUUACCAAAUUAGACCCGAGCAAUCCAGUGGCAAAUAAUAAUGCAGCCGUUUGCUUGUUGUACUUGGGAAAACUGAAGGACUCCCUGAGGCAGCUGGAAGGGCUCGUACAGCAGGAUCCCAAACACUACCUGCAUGAAAGUGUUCUUUUUAACCUGACCACUAUGUAUGAGCUUGAAUCAUCUCGCAGUACACAGAAAAAGCAGAGUUUGCUGGAGUCGGUGGCCUGUCGUGAAGGAGACAGCUUUAAUAUUCAGUGUCUGAAGUUACUGUGAAACUGCUUUCUGUCCAGUUUGUAUUUAGCUAUCGUAACUUUAAAGAUGUAAAUAUGUAAUUACAUGUAUUUUAAUUAUCUUUAACUGCAGCUUUAUUGUCUAUGUUGCAACUAAGUGACCCACACAUGAUAUAUUUUGCAACAAUCAGCUUCUGUUUUGGGAGGGAUAAGGAAACACUUCAGAUUUCAAAUGCCUGUGCCAUUUUAUAUUUGUUUGCUCCUACACUGUCAUUUCACUGUGUAUUCUGACAGGGCUGUUCUGAAUUGGUUGAUAAAGAAAUUAGAAUAAUGCUGUUGUUUUAAAUAAACAAAAAAAUGUAAA